UCAUGAACGGCACAAACUUACCUGCAAACGCGAAGUAUGCGGGAUGUUUGUUACUCUUCGUAAGCAGUUUCGAUUCCGGAGAUGCGGGUGACGAUAGUCCCGCUAUACGACGCAAACCAGUUGUCCGAAGCGGAACCAGUAUCGCUUCGACUACCGACAGAAAAGUCAUGAAGCUGCAGGAUUUGGUCAAAUAUCUUCUCGGCGUUUACUUCGUCGUGAAUUUUGCAACGGCUUGUUGCGACGAGCGUGUUGACGAUUUUCCCAUCGAUAAUCAAACUGACCCGAGACAAGAACGCGGCGUCCUGGAUUUACUCUUCGGAAGAUUCCGAACAUGCGGCACCUGCUUAUGCGGCCGUUCAAAUCAUAAAGUCGCGCGAUUGUUGGGCGGUGAAUACACAGACUCGCACGAAUUUCCUUGGCUAGCAAAUAUUCAUGUAAAGUCUGAAUUGUUGAUCAGCGGAGUAUUAAUAAAUGAUCGCUACGUCAUAACAGCGGCUAGCGAGCUUGUUGGAGCAACAGCACCUGAAAUAAAAGUAUCGUUAGGAGAAUAUGAUCGAUGUAAUUUAGAAAUUUCGUCCGUAAAUAUCAGUGCAGAGUCUAUAAUUUUGCAUCCUGAGUUCAAUCCAGAAUCGUACACUCAUGACUUAGCUUUGAUUCGUUUGAGUCGACCGACCAAAUUCGAGAAGAGAAUAUCGCCGGUCUGCUUACCCAAUCCAGGAUCGACUUACCUCGGUCAGGUUGGAACUUUGGUAGGUUGGACAGCAAGCACGUCCGAAAACAACAGCGAUAUUCGGACAUGUCGGCCGCGAAAAUUAGGACUUCCCAUUCUCGGUUAUAACGAGUGCGUAAAAGCGGGAAUAAAUGCGAUGAGUUUCAACGACGAUUACGGAUGCAUCGGAGUCGUAGGCACAAACUCGCUAGUGUGCGAAAAUGACGUUGGAUCUUCUUUGCAAUAUCGAUCGUAUUUUGGAAUUUAUGACCUCAUAGGUAUUAUUCCAAGAAUAAACAAAUGCGACAGUAGUCCAAGUCCGACUGUUUUCACGAGAAUUGGUCCCCGUCUCGAUUGGAUAUUACAGCACACUAAGGACGCGUGCUAUUGUACAAAAUAAUAAUACACAGUGACAUGUGAAUUUCCAACAAUCUUACAAAAACCAUUAUUAUGUACAUGUAAUUUUAUACUGAUUCGUAUAAUAUUUUAAAACUGUUUUACAUGAUGAUAUAAUAUU